AUGGGAGAGAACACAAGCAUCACGGUGAAUGUGGGUGUGGUUCUUGACCUUGAUAAUUCACUCAGUACAAAAGUUUGGUUGAGCUGCAUUAAGAUGGCGAUUUCGGACUUCUAUACUUCUCAUGCUCUGUCUGAGAGCAGAGUGGCUUUGAACAUCAAGGAUUCCAGAAGUGAAGUUGUUGAUGCCGCUGCAGCAGCUUUGGACCUGAUAAAGAAUGUGCAUGUGGAAGCAAUAAUAGGACCAAAAUCAUCAAUGCAAGCCAACUUUGUAAUUGAUCUUGGAGAAAAAGCUCAGGUGCCUAUAAUCUCAUUUUCAGCAACAAGUCCUUCCCUUGCCUCCCUUCAAAGUUUGUAUUUUUUCCGAGCUGCACAAAAUGAUUCCUCCCAAGUCAAAGCCAUUAGUGCAAUUAUCAAAGCUUUUGGAUGGAGAGUAGCUAUACCCAUCUAUGUCGAAAAUGCUUACGGUGAGGGGGUGCUACCAUCCUUAGUGGAUGCCUUGCAAGACGUUCGAGUCCGUGUCCCUUACAGAAGUGCCAUACCUCCUACAGCCACAGAUGACCAGCUUGCUGAGGAGCUUUACAAGUUGAUGACCAUGCAAACUAGAGUCUUCAUUGUGCAUAUGUCCCCCUCGCUUGGGUCUCGGCUUUUCGCCAAAGCAGAUGAGAUAGGGAUGAUGAAUGAAGGCUACGUCUGGAUCAUGACCAAUGGGUUAACUAAUUACUUGAGUUCAACUAAUGCUUCCAUUAUCAAUUCCAUGCAAGGGGCACUGGGUGUGAGGACUUACGUGCCAAAGACUCAAGAGCUUAUUGAUUUUAGAAGUCGUUGGAAAAGGCAAUUCCAACAUGAAAAUCCAACCGUCAUUGAUGUUGAGUUGGAUGUGUUUGGUCUCUGGGCUUAUGAUGCUGCUUACGCAUUAGCCAUGGCAGUUGAGAAUGUCGGCACUACCAGUUCACUCUCUGGCUCCCAAACCACAAAUGCUUCCAUUAACUCAUCAUCAACAGAUCUAAAAACUCUCAGGGUCUCUCCGAGAGGUCGUGAACUUUCUCAAUCCUUAUCAGGUACUAGGUUUAGAGGCCUUGCGGGAGAUUUCAGUUUCUCCAAUGGGCAGUUGCAAUCUUCGGUGUUUGAAAUAGUGAAUGUGAAUGGUGAAGGAGCAAGAGAAAUUGGGUUUUGGUCACCACAGUUUGGACUCGCGAAAUAUAUGAGCAAUUCAACAAAUGCAAACAGCUCAUACUCAACUUCUAGAUCUGACAUGGGACCGAUACUAUGGCCAGGAGAUUCUACCUCAACUCCAAAGGGAUGGGAAGUUCCCACAAACAACAGAAGGUUGAGAGUAGGCGUUCCUGUGAAAGUUGGUUCCCCUGAGUUUGUGAAGGUGGUGCAUGAUCCUGUCACUAAUAGAAUAGAUGUCACUGGGUUCUGCAUUGACAUGUUCAGGGCUGUAAUGGAAGGGUUACCUUACGCUGUUACAUAUGACUUCAUUCCCUUUGCAAAGCCGGAUGGCACUAGUGCUGGCACUUACAAUGACAUGGUCCAUCAAGUUUUUCUUAGGAAUUUCGAUGCUUUGGCAGCAGCUACAACAAUUAGAGCAAACAGAUCUUUGUAUGUGGACUUCACAUUGCCAUACACAGAUUCAGGUGUAGUAAUGGUAGUGCCCAUGAUAGACAGCAAGAGCAGAAACGCAUGGAUUUUUCUGAAGCCUUUGACAUGGGACCUCUGGCUUACAACUUCUUGCUCUUUCAUCUUCAUUGGUUUUGUUAUUUGGGUUCUUGAACACCGCAUUAAUGAAGAUUUUCGUGGACCUCCCUCACACCAAGUUGGCACAAGCAUCUGGUUUUCUUUCUCAACUAUGGUUUUUGCACAGCGGGAACAGGUUGUGAGUAACUUGGGCAGAUUUGUGGUGAUAGUGUGGGUAUUUGUGGUGCUGAUACUGACGCAGAGUUACACAGCUAGUCUGACUUCGUUAUUAACCAUCAAACAACUGCAGCCAACUUGUACAGAUAUAAACCAGCUUUUGAAAAAUAAGGAGUCUGUUGGAUACCCCGAGGGUUCUUUUGUCUACGAUCUUUUGAUAGAGAAAGGUUUUGAUCGUUCUAGGAUUAAGGCUUAUACAUCACCAGAUGAAUGUGACCAACUUUUGAAAAAUGGAAGCGCCAAAGGUGGUAUUGCGGCUGCUAUAGAUGAGACGCCAAACUUGAAGCUUUUUCUUGCCAAGUACUGCACCAAAUACACCAUGGUUGGCCCAAUUUUUAAAACCGAUGGCUUUGCCUUUGUUUUCCCCAAAGGUUCGCCUCUCGUACCAGAUGUUUCAAGGUCGAUACUGAACGUCACUGAGGGAGACGAGAUGAAGAACAUCGAAAAUAAAUGGUUUGGAAAAAAGGCCACUUGUUCAGUUACCAACCCGAUGUUCUCGGAUUCCAGUAGUCUUGGGGUUGAUAGUUUCUGGGGUCUCUUCCUCAUUUCUGGGUUAUCUUCAUGUUUAGCUUUGAUGGUAUUUGCAACAUCUUUCUUUUUAAGGCACAGACGCAUCUUCAUUACGAUUCGGGGCUCCUCUAUUUGCAGAAAAGUUGGAGUCAUGCUUAGAGUCUUUGACGAGAAAGACAUCACCUCCCAUACUUUUAGAAACAAGAAUUUAGGUCGUGUUGAACCCUCGGCCUCACCACCUUGCAGUAUUUGCCUACCAAGUCCAUCAAGCCAGCAUUCAAACCAUACAAAUAUACAAGACUCUCCCUUCUUCUGGGAAGAAAGAACAAUUGUUGGUCAAAUCUGA